AGGGGUGGUGGGCAGCAGCGGAGCUCCGCGGGCUGCCGCCUGAUAUUGCGGACGAGGCGCUCGUGCUCCGCUUAGAGAAGCCGAUGCUGGGGGUGGGGGACGGGGCGACCCCUGUGCGGAGCUGGCGGAGACCCGGCCGAGGGGGCGUUGGCACUCUUCAGGAGCCGGCAGGUGAGGGGGCGGGUGGAAGGGGCAGCCUGAGCGCCCUCUGCCGGCUGCGGGCUGCCGGCCCGACGCCCCUCUCCGCCCCAGCGAGGAUGCAGCGAGGGUCUGGGUCUAGGAGGGGCGCAUGCUCCGUGGUGCGCCGUGUUCCUUUGCCCUCUGCUGUGCACCCCAGCGCCUGGAGCCGCAGAGCCAGACCCUGCUGCGUGCCACGGGGCACCCAGAGCAUCCCCGCCAUGCCCUGGACAGCCCCGGACCAGACCGGGUCCUGGCCCAACUGCCCCUGCCCUUCUGGGGGGGGGGGGGGGGGCGGUGAGAGGCAGGACUGGGGUGGGGGUGCCUGUUGGGGAGAUGCUCUGAGCCGACUUGCACCCUCCCCCAUAGAGGUCCGCGUCCUGGGGGAACAGGCCCGGGCCCGGCCGGGCCUUAGGGGGCUGAGGUGUCUGUCCCUGGCCUGGGUGCCCCAGGCCUGAGCUGUGCGUGUUGAGGGGGCAUCCCCCCCGCACCUGCUGCUGCUGGAGCUGUACCUGGAAAGUGUGUGUUGCGGUGAGGGGCCCCUGGAGGGCCUUCGCAGCCAGCCUGGGCUCCUGGACACCAUUGUCUCCUUCCAGCACUGGCAGGGGGAGUGGGUGGCCCAAGUGGUUCUACACCAGGACCACCGGCUGCAGGAAUCAGAGCUGAGUCUCCUCCCCCAUGAGCCUGAGAAUCUUGCCAAGGACACCAGUGGAGGGGACUGCCCGGUCGAGUUGGAGCCUGGGGCCACUGAGCAUGCUGUCCUGGAGGCCGGAGGGCCAGCAAGGGCACUGAAGGGUGCAGGGACGGUGACCCUGGGCUCUGAGGAGGCACCAGCACAGGUAGGAAGGAGCCUUCUGCAGACAGGUCCUAUAGGGUCUCUUGGAAAGGCUGGGCCAGUCAGCUUAGGGCUCGUGGGGUCACUGGGACGGGGGCUGGUGAGCCUGGGGCCAGUGGGCUCUUCAGAGGAGGCAGGGCUGAUGAGCCCGGGGUCUGUGGGGCCUCCAGGCCCAGCGGGCCCUAUGGAGAUUGCCCCAGGGUCUCUGGAGCAUGUGGGGUGGGAGCCUGGGGCCUGCGGGGCCACUGGGGUGGGGGUGCUGGUGGGUAUGGCGCUGUCCCUGGAGCCAGGAACCAUGCCUUUCAUACAACUUGACCACGAGGACCUUCUUGCCGGCCUGGGACGUGUUGCUGUCUUCCCGGUGGGAGCACUAGAUCUGGCUGGCUUUCAGCUCUGGGGAGCCCUGGCCCCAUGCCAGGGGGCGGAGUAGUUUCUGCAAAGUCCGCUAGGGGGCAUUGUCUGUCACGUGCUGAGCCUGAAGGCCCAGAGCAGGGCCAGGCUCCUGGGUGGCCCAGACCAGAUCAGCGCUUCCGGACCGGAGGCUCAGUUCCAAUGUGUCUUUGGGACAGAGCGUCUGGCCAGGGCUGCCCUGGACACAGACCCUGAAGAGGUAGAGACAGAGGCCACCCUGCCCCUCCCCUGUGGACCCAGUUUCCAGGCCCCCUCUGGCCACUCCCACACCCUGUCCCCAGACAGUACAGGCAGUGACUGGGGGAGCAUGACACUAGAGGAGGUCCGAGGGCUGAUGGCCACCCUGGAGGACCCCGAUGGGGAGGGCUGGCCGCCUCCAGAGCUGGGGACAGAGAAGCCUGAGGGGGAGUCUGCACCCAGGGCCGGGAGGGGCCUAGGCGGCUGCAAGCGGAGACGUGCUGGCCGCGAGCGGUCCCUGGAGCUUCAAGGCCGGGCGGCCCAGCAGGAGGACGCCGUGUCGCAGUGAGCCCUGGCCCUCUCCUUGCUGGAUCCCCUGUGUUGGAGGCAGAAGAUGGGCUCCCAGGGGGCCCCGGAUGUGGGUGCCGAGUUCUGGUGGGUGCUUGGGUUUGCCCACCCGCAGGCCUCGGGGCCCCACCCGGGCAGCCAAUGGCAGCGGGGACGCGGGCUCUGCCGAUGCCUGGCGACCCUGGCCCUCAGCUGUCCCCCCCUCCUCUCACAGGCACGCUCUUUGGGCAGGGGAGCAGGGUGCCCCUCCGUGUCGCUUCAGGACGGCUACUGGCCCCCCAACGCUGACGGCCACAAGGUGGUAUGGGCACUCUUGCUGGCAGGUGACGACAGGCAGGGCCGUUGAGGCCUGCGGGUGCCCCCUCUGCGGGCCCGGCACUUGCUCCUGGGCUGCCUCCACCGGCCCGGGAUCUUGGUCACCUUUCACAGGCCCCCUCCUCGCUCGGCCCAGCAGUCCCUGGCGCCCGGCUCCCCGCGGCGCACAGCCCUGCUGGCCCCUCGGCUGCCUCCGCUGCCCCUGGGGGCGCCCCUGCCUCCGGCUGCUGUGCGUGGACUGGUGGGUGCCGGCACGGAGGGCCAGGGCUGUGUCCCCGCUUGGGGCCGACCCAGCCGCCAGGGGUCAGCAGAGCCCGGGAGGAGGGUGGGCCAGCUCGACACCGCCCACCCCGGCCCGACCUAG